AUGGUUAGCAUUUCUCGUUCCUCCAAACAUCCGGCAGCGCCGGGCACUUUUGAACACCAGACACGGGCGACCCCUCGUGCUCUUCGCGGUAUCGAUAAGAAUGUGCCGUGGCUGGUGGGAGCAGACGGGCCGAGUAAUGUCGUCGCUCGCCGGUAUCAACGUGGCGUGCUCUUCUUUGGCGUGUUUGUGGUGGGGUUAAGCUGCUGUAUUCUUGAGAUUGUCUGGCUUAACGUCUGUGACGCUGGGAGGGCUUGUGUCUGGGUUCUAGUCUUCAUAGUCGUGGUUGGGAGAUUUGCUAUCUGGGUGCCGCAGUGCUCUGGGCACGUUGGUGGACAGGGCUUUCGGAAUCAGUUGCUGUUAGCCAGGCCACCCAAUAAGCCUUGCUCAUCAGCAUUUCAUCAUUCCUCUGAUGGCAGUAUGAGACUGGACGGCGUGGGGCAGGAGCCCAAUGGAAUCCAACAGUCAGUAACAGACCAGCUGCGGUUGCUUCAGGAACAACAAAAACGACAGAGAGAAGCCUUGCAGCGACUGCAGCUGGUCUCCCCCAACUCCCACAAGCGCAGCAGCAGCAGCCCCAGUUCCCAUGCCCAUCCCCCCAGUUGCAGGCGCCUAUCAAAAUCUACAGCAGCCAGUUCCCAUUGCUCCGGCGAAGGCGGGCGUUGCACAGGCCGUACCACACCUAGCAUCUGGCAUCCUGGGUUAUUAGGCUUGUGUCUGUUUUUGUCUACAUAUUCUUGCUGCUGAGCGGAAUGCUGCAAAUUUUACCUACGACGGUAUCGAAAUGGGUGGUGGUCGAAGAUACACUACAUGCGGAGGGGGCGGUUACCUCGACGGAUCGUUAUUUGCAGGGCAAGAGACUAUCGGGACAAGGACAUCAAGAGGCUGUGCAUUGUGGAGUAUUGGCAACUUGCAUGGUAUAGAUUAUGUCGUUCUUGGUGUGCCCGUUUGAUUUGCAUCUGUUUUUGUGACACUUUUUAAAAACACACUGUUAUCGGUUAGCUUCACCAAAUUAAGCAAGUAUGCAUGAC